AUGUCGCUGAAUAGGCAGCAGCGCGAGAGAUUUACUGCUACCCAUAUUGCUUACAAAUAUAAUCUUUUGCAUUACCUUCCCGGCAUCGAGCAAUCUCAGUUGUCGGGGCUUUACUUAAAGAGCUUCUACAAUGGCACCAAGAGAAAUCGUUUACAUUUGCCAGAGCAUUUGACAAAUGGAACUAAAUUUUGCGAGAAAUGUGGAGUUGUCCACAUUGCUGGUCUGAAUUUAAAUAUGGCAAUCGUAGAUGUUAUGGCAUCGGACGACGAGAGCGUCCACAACCAAGUUUUGGAAUAUAAAUGCCUCUUGUGUGGGAAAGUGAAACAGUUUGAUAUCGGGAAUUCUAAGAGAAUAGAGUCACAGCAAGGGCCGAGGGAAGGGUUUGUCGCAAAAUGGCCCAGUGGGCAAAAAACAAGCCAUGAUGCAGCCGAGGUUAAUGGAUCACAAGUGAAGAAACUUGCUUCAGGAAAGGAGAGAGCCAAGAAACGCAAGAUGAAUACGCUGGCUAAUAUGCUAUCGAGAAAGAAAGAUGAAGAGGCAAACAAGAAAUCCGCGUCUUUAAACUUGGAAGAUUUUCUACUAAAAAGGUGA